GUGACAUCUUCGAUGACGCUGCACAACGUCACGCACCAAGAUACAGGCUACUUCCAGUUUCACUACGGCGACGUGGAACUAAAACCAUACGUUUACCUUUCCGAUGGAAAGAAUCUCGUCACAAUCACCGACAAGAGCUACUACCCGAAUUACUACCUGUUUUUUCCACCAAGGUGAACUGGAAGUUCAAAUUCCGUGCAAGCCAACUCACCCCAACGUGACCGUGUCUCUCGUUCACGUUGAUCAACUCAACAAAGAACCAAACUUUGACGAUGUGUUAAUCGAACAAAAUUCGAAAUGGUUGUUUGAACCCGAAUGGGGAAUGACGUUGAAACACGUGAUGAUAAACAACACUGGAAAUUAUCGAUGCAUUGGCACCAAGGAUAACGUCACUAAAGAGAAACAAUUUACCGUUAGCGUUAAAGGAAUGGAGUUGGAAAGGAUUGGCGAUUCAGAGGGUCCGUUGGAAGGAAGCAACGUCACUUUAAUCUGCCGCACAAUUUAUCCUGAGGUUGAAUUCCCAGCCCCACCGGAAUUGGCCUAUCAGAUCAAUAAUGCUGGACGAUUACAUGUUAUAAAUGAGGCAAGCCCACCCAAAGGCAUUCAAGUAACAACACGUGAUUACAGUAACCAGCGCAAUACUGGAGGAUUCAAAUUGAAUUAUUACGAGAGUCGGUUGGAACUGACUGCGAUCACGCAAAAUACCUUCACAACGUUCCAAUGCAAAGCCAAUAGAGACAAAGACGCCGUAACUAAAACCAUUUCUUUUCGAAUUAAGUAUGAAAAACGCAAUUCGUUGUCUAGUUUGGGUCACUUGGACGAAAGAAGGACAGAGGACAUUGCCACAAUCGCCUUCUCCAUUUGUAUGGCAAUUUUCUUGGUUCUUGGAAUCGGCAUGAGCGUUCAACUCGAGAAUAUAAUAUAAUAUUUCGAGAAGGUGAGUCAU